AAUACGUCCAGCUAAACCCCAACAAGAGAAAAAUGUCAAAAUCUCGUACUGAAUUCCUGCACUUUCCCGUUGUCGUAUCUUAAACGCAUUCGAAUGUCUGAUUCCGACAAAGAAUCCGAGAAUCGCUUCUCGUUCCAAACAGUGCAUUUCGCUUUUGAAUCUCCUUCCUCCGAAACAUCCUUGAAGUUUCUCUCCAACAGUUGGGAAACAAUCAUGAGCCAUAUGAAAUCUGAGAAUAUGCUGAAAGACUUUUACAUUCCGGAUUACCUUUUGUUACCGGGUUCGGAGCCUCCGGAUGCUAGGGAUAUACCAGAAUGUCCUGUCAUAGUGUUUAUAAAUUCGAAAAGUGGCGGUCAGCUUGGGGGAGAACUCCUUGUUACAUAUAGAUCACUUCUUAAUAAGAAUCAGGUUUUUGACUUGGGAGAAAAUGCUCCUGAUAAGGUGUUGCACCAGCUUUAUGCUAAUCUGGGGAAACUCAAGCACAGUGGAGAUGCUUUUGCUGCUGAAAUUGAGAAGAGGCUGAGAAUAAUUGUUGCAGGUGGAGAUGGUACAGCCGGCUGGCUCCUUGGAGUAGUUUCUGAUCUUAAACUACCACAACCACCUCCAAUUGCUACGGUGCCGCUAGGAACUGGAAACAACCUCCCGUUUUCAUUUGGUUGGGGGAAGAAAAAUCCUGGCACAGACCAACAAUCUGUGGAGACUUUCUUGUAUCAAGUAAGGGCAGCAAAGGAAAUGAAAAUCGACAGCUGGCAUAUUAUCAUGAGAAUGAGGGCUCCCAAGGAAGGCUCUUGCGAACCUAUAGCACCUCUUGAGCUUCCCCAUUCAUUGCAUGCUUUCCAUCGCGUCUCCCAGACUGAUGCUCUGAAUGUGGAAGGCUACCACACUUAUCGUGGAGGAUUCUGGAACUAUUUCAGCAUGGGAAUGGAUGCUCAAGUAUCAUAUGCUUUCCACUCUGAAAGGAAGUUGCAUCCAGAAAAGUAUAAAAAUCAAUUGGUUAAUCAGAGCACUUAUUUGAAGCUUGGAUGCACUCAAGGAUGGUUUUGCGCUUCUCUACUUCAUCCCGCUUCAAAGAACAUAGCACAGCUCACAAAGAUUAUGGUCAUGAAGAAACAAGGUCAAUGGGAGGAACUCUCGAUACCUCACAGCAUAAGGUCUAUUGUUUGCCUCAACUUGCCUAGCUUCUCUGGGGGACUCAAUCCAUGGGGAAAGCCCCAUGGAAGGAAACUGCGAGAUAGGGAUUUGACUCCUCCUUACGUAGAUGACGGCCUUCUUGAGAUUGUUGGUUUCAGAAACGGUUGGCAUGGACUUGUCUUGCUUGCUCCUAAAGGUCAUGGCACUCGUCUUGCACAGGCAAGCGGAGUUCGUUUUGAGUUUCAAAAGGGUGCAGCCAACCAUACAUUCAUGAGAAUAGACGGCGAGCCAUGGAAACAACCUCUCCCAAACGACGACGACACAGUUGUUGUGGAAAUCACUCACUUUGGUCAAGUGAGCAUGCUUGCCAGACCAUCAUGUCGUUCCAAAAGCGUGUAUGAUCCCUCUUCUCCAGCAAGUUAUGGGGAUGAAGAUGAAGAUAGCUUUGAAGACGACAGUACAGAAGAUUCAGAGGAGAGAAGAAAAUUUGGUGCAGCAGAUACUUUUAAAUUUCCGGAAGGGUUUGACAUUGCUCAUCUCAGUUAAGCCGCUAACCAAAUACCAUUGUUCGCUCGCCUUUCUUUGUACAGAAAGCUUUAUAAUUCCUCUACUGAUUGGCUCUUUUAAGUGUUUGAUUGAUUGAUUGAAUAACAUCACUUGAAACCCACAUUAGUUGUGGUCCAACUAUAUCAGAUUUGGCCACAUUGUACAAUGAUAGUUUCUGUUCUUUUUCUUAAUUACUCUUUUUUUUUUUUUUGGUCUCCCAUUAAGUAGUUAUUCUUUGAUCUUGUAAUUUGGACACAGAUGUAAAUAUCUGAGUGCAUCCACAUUUUUUUUUUGUU